GUGUACAGCGAGUGCUGUAGAGUAGGCUGUAGUCGCCAUUUCACACACAACUAAACAUUGCAGCAAAAGAGGUGUCACUCGAGUGGAGACACAUUCAGACAGUCAUAUAACACACUCUCAUUGCCACCACAUCUGAUCCAUUGGACAAAUCGCCUCUUAUUUUGUCCGCAAAUCAAAGAGCGUUUCGUUGUUAUCGAUAAUCAAAGCGUGAAUUAAUUAAAUCGUUAGUCAAAGAAAUGUCUGCAAACAGAAGUGGAGUCCAGAGGCCUAACGGCGCCACUCAGGGAAAGAUAUGUCAAUUUAAACUGGUUUUGUUGGGCGAGUCGGCGGUCGGCAAGUCAUCGCUGGUGUUGCGCUUCGUUAAGGGACAGUUCCACGAGUAUCAGGAGAGCACUAUCGGAGCCGCAUUCCUGACCCAAACGGUAUGUUUAGACGAAACGACCGUUAAAUUCGAGAUUUGGGACACCGCUGGACAGGAGAGGUAUCACAGCUUAGCGCCCAUGUAUUACAGGGGAGCGCAGGCGGCUAUUGUCGUAUAUGAUAUCACUAAUCAGGACACAUUUAGUCGGGCGAAGACUUGGGUGAAGGAACUGCAACGACAGGCGAGUCCUAAUAUAGUGAUCGCUUUGGCCGGAAAUAAAGCCGAUUUGGCGCAGAAGAGGGCGGUCGAGACGGACGAGGCUCAGGCCUACGCCGAUGAGAAUGGAUUGCUUUUCAUGGAGACGUCGGCGAAGACAGCUAUGAAUGUAAACGACAUAUUUCUGGCGAUCGCCAAAAAGUUACCCAAAACC